UUCACAAAGUCCAAUCAACCAGCCAUGAUGGACCUUGAUGAGUCCCUUCGGGCAAUUUACUUUGCUCCCGUUGCCCUGGUGGUGUUGGAUCACAACCGGUACAUUCGCAUGCUCAAUCGCCCAGCUGAAGCCUUGUUGGAUACAAACGCCCAAGGCAGCGUAGGGCAUCAUCUUCACGAUUGGGUCCUGCCCACGUUUCGGCAAGGUUUCACGCAGGCUCUGAAUGAUGCUGCACAGACAAGCUCUUCCAAGACCUGGUCACUUCCCAUCUUCACGCGGCUCACGUUCACUAAUGGAGUUUCAGAGACAGGAGAGCACCAGAAUGGUGACGUCUUUGCAGUGGAGUGCUCCAUAUCCGCUUGGUACCCAACGGACCAGAUGUUCGUCGAUCCGCCCUCGGGACAAGAUGUCUUUGGCAUUUCUGGCGAAGAAAUAAGCCCGGCGAUGAGUCCGACAUCGCCCACGUCUCCCUAUGGAGUAAAGGGACGGUUUGCUGGGUCGCGCAUGCCAGCUACGACUAGCCACCUCUUGCACGAAGCUUACUACACCAUCUCGCUGUCUCCUGUGCAGACGCGAGAGCGGAGAGGCAGUCCUUCCGAUGCCAGAAUGUGCACUGCUGAUGUGUUGAGAGAUUCCAUUCUACACACUCUGGACACGCCAAUCAUGGCGCUCUCGCGGGAUGGCAAUACUGUCAUUCGUAAUCUGGCUUGUGACGAGACGCUCAAGUAUUAUCAGAAGAAAGAGAAGGACGUCAAAGCUCAAGCAGAGGAGGCGGCAAAGGUAGUGCCCGACGCUCAAGCCGAGGAGCCCGCAGUGGAUCUGUCUUGGCUAACAAGUACAAUGAAUUGCUUCUCCGAAGACUUUUCGGAACCUUUCCCUCCUCAUAAGUUCCCCAUCUACAGAGCAGCCGUUCUGGGCGAAAGGCCGCCGCCAGUCAACGUUGGCUGUGUGGCCACCGAUACGGGAAUACGGAGGGUCUUGAGAGUAGAGGGUCAGCCGAUUCGCGAUGCUGGUGGUUUCGGUGAGCACAUUGGUGGCAUGAUCCAGAUUCAGGACAUCACCGAUGAGAUCGAGUCGAGAAAGCAAGCCAUCAAGAAGGAAGGUCAGGAGUACUUUCAGAUGGUCUGUGAGAGGCUGUCCCAAUUGGUAUGGGUGACUGACCCCAAUGGGUAUCACGAGUGGUUCAACCAGACUUGGUACGACUACACCGGAGCUACUCCCGAGCAGUGCUUGGGUAUUGGAUGGGCUGGCAUCUUCCAUCCGGAGGAUAUUCCCGAGACGAGCCGUCGAUGGUCACAUUCCCUGCGCACCGGAGAGCUCUACAGCGUAGAGUACCGAUGCCGGCGCAAGGAUGGAGUGUAUCGCUGGCAUCUAGGACGAGCACUACCCGUUCGCGAUCCUGAUACCGGCGCCAUCACCAAAUGGUUCGGUACCUGUACCGACAUCAACGAUACCGUCGAAGCUCUAGCGGCCAGCAGACAGAGUCAGGAUCGUCUGGAGAAUGUCAUCAAUCACGCUGCGAUGACUCUUUGGGCAGUCAACACUGAAGGCAUCAUCACCGUUGCAGAGGGCCCUGGAGUCAAGCAAUUGAAGCUCAUAGGUGGGCCCUCGACGCCAGGUGGAUCUGAGAAUGACGGUUCUGGUUCCGGCUCGGGUUCGGGAUCUGGAAACGGGAAUGGAAACGACGGACUACAUCUCCCACGCGGCAGGCACCAAAUGCAAUUGUCCGAAUUCGAUGGCCACAGCGAUGAUACCGGCGCUCGUUCUCCAAGUGCUACCACGCUAUCUCAAACGACGCAAUCGAGAAGUGCUGCACGCAGUAAUAAUCGCAGACACAACCGAAGCAUGCUGGGACAGCCAAUCUACGCUAUUUGGGGAGAAGCGCCGAGACUUUUCAUCGAGCGUGCACUGGCGGGCGAGUCCUGCGUCGACGAAUCUGAGAUUGAAGGACGCUGGUUCCGGACUCAGUACUCGCCAAUUCGCAGCGAGGAUGGUGAUUCCAACAUGGACGGAAUGGGUACGGUCAUUGGUGUUGUCGGUGCUAGUAUGGACAUUACCGACCGCAAGCGUGCCCAGGAACAGAUGGAGCAGUCUCUGAGGGACCGAGCCAAAUCGAAAGCGGCUGAAAGUGCAGCCAAGGAGGCCAGUCGACUGAAGUCAGAAUUCCUGGCCAAUAUGUCGCACGAGAUCAGGACUCCCAUUGCCGGUGUCAUUGGUUUGAGCGAGCUGCUUCUCGACACCAAGUAUCUUACAGCUGAGGCUCGAGACCUCACUGAGAACAUUCAGAGGUCUGCAGAUGCUCUGCUCACCGUCAUCAACGACGUAUUGGACUUCUCAAAGGUCGAGAUCGGAAAGCUUGACAUCGAGAAGACGCCCUUCUCACUGAACCUCGUCUGUCGAGACACCAUCAAGAUGCUGUCGUUUGCUACCGCAAAGAAGGGUCUGGCAUUUAGCGAGGAGUGCGAUCUGCAACAUCAGGGACUGCUACUGGGAGAUGCCGGACGUGUCCGGCAGGUAUUGACGAACCUGCUCACCAAUGCCAUCAAGUUCACAGAAAGUGGCUCGAUCAGCCUCGUUGUCAAGGAGGUGGCUGAAGAGCUCAACACUAUCACUGUCCGUUUCGAUGUGCAGGACACAGGAUGCGGUAUCUCUUCCUCGGCAUUGAAGCGUCUUUUCCAGCCCUUCAGCCAAGCUGAUCCUUCCACCGCCAGGCGCUUUGGAGGGACUGGCUUAGGUCUCACCAUCUGCAAGAAUCUCGUCGAGUUGAUGCAAGGCCAGAUUGGGCUCGAAUCGGAGGAAGGCGUGGGCUCCCGUGCUUGGUUCAGCAUCCCCUUCCAGAAGGCUCAUCAGUCGAUUCACGGUACAGAAAAUGACAUGGCUGCUGAGGGCAAAGUCUCCACACUCGGUGUCAGCAGUGAUCCUCUCCAGAGAGAGAGACAGGACAUCUGGAUCUUGGUGGCAGAAGACAAUGCUAUCAAUGCUCAGAUCGCAUUGAAGACUCUGAAGAAGAUUGGCUUCAAUGCGAGAACGGCCGAAAAUGGGUACGCUGCUUUGGAGGAGCUCGAGAAGAAUCCGUACGACUUGUGCCUUAUGGACUGCAUGAUGCCAGAGUGCGAUGGAUACGAGGCUACCACUCGUCUUCGUCGAUCGCAAAACCCAGAGGUGCGGGCAUUGCCAGUGAUCGCAUUGACCGCGUCGGCAAUCAAGGGUGAUCGCGAACGAGCCCUGGCGGCGGGUAUGAAUGACUACCUGUCGAAGCCAGUGAAGCGGGCUGCAUUGGAGUCGAUGCUCACGAGGUGGUUGUUCGAUGCCUCGGCUCGUCAAGCCCUCUCCAAGUACCUAGCCACCCCUCAAACAGGUGCAGUGGGGCAAAAGACAAGUGACCCCGGGUCGCGGAGGUCUUCCUUCAGCCUCAGCGAUGACGGAAUCGCAGACCUCACCACGGCGAAGAUGGUCGUGUCAGGAAGCAGCUGGUCAACGGCCAGUGGGCAAGACGCGGGAAGAAGAGCCAGCGUAGCCUCGUCCAAAGGCAGUCAAUCGGGGAAGUCGUCGAAUCUGAAACGUCCAAGUACAUCUCAACAAGGUGACUACUUCCCACCUGUAUCACCUGGACCUUCGCCUAGCGCUCCCGCGACAAGCGAGGAUCACCACAUAGAGACUCUCAUGCAAGAAGCAGCCGCUUUGGACUCGCCCUCGCAAGUGGAGAGCGGCUCGACACAGUCGGUGGUCAAGGGUCUGCUAGGCGCUCUUGAGAGGAGCGGUACGGCGAACACGGCUGCGCUAGCGGCAGCAUUGCUACCACGUCGAGGCUCUCAUGAGGGAGUGCCGAGCACAGAGGCGAGACGGUAUGCCAAACGUCCUGCACCCUCGCCACGAGCUCACUCCCACCACGGCCCCGCAAGUUCGGCCUCUUCCUCAGCCAUGGUCACCUUUCAGUCCUCGUCGGGCAUGAGUAGCGGACCAUCGAGUUCUAAGAUGUCAGAUCGAAAAAGUGGCUCCCGUUCACGUAGCGGUAGCCAAGCCUCGGCCGCUUCCGCCGCUUCGCCCAAUUCGAGACCAUCGAGACCUGGUGGAUUAAUGCGGCGCUCCUCGCGAAAUCAAGCUGGCAUGGGAAGAGAUUUGCAACAGGAAUUGUUCAAUGCUGCCGAUGGCUCAUCGGAAGCUCGGAAGUUGGCAAUUACAGAGACGAUUACGCCUCCCGAGGAAGAACCUCCUAAUUUGGAAUUGGAUGAAGAGGGGGAAGAUGAUGAGAUGGCGGAUGGUGAGAAGGAGAAGGCGGAGGAAGAUGAUGGAGGGGAGACUACGCCUUUGGCGGCCUAGGCUAGUCAUGAUGUCCCUCACCUCAAGCACAGAGUCGUCAAGCUUCGAGCCUGCCCUACACACUUAGCCUCACAAAUGCUUCAUUUACGAUCUGGACACGUACUAGAAGCCCACACCAAGACAUUCAGAGGGGGGUCCCCUUUACUACUAUUGCUAGGGACCAUCGCUUUAAUGAGGUAGACGGACCCUUGGGACGACGGAAACAGACACGGACACCUUCAGAGCGCAGAGCGCAGAGCGCCCCGCGCCUUCGUCCUCUGACCUCCCUUUUACUCUCACUGUCAUGACCUAUCCCUUCGCUGCAUAUCUCGUCGGUACGUCUUUACUUCUCCCCUCUCUCCCUUACCC